ACUUAAAGAGCGAGUGGGACCAGCUGCUAGAGACACCAUACAUCAACGAGCCACGUGGAACAACCUUUUUCAUCCACGUGGGACCAGAUGAUCCACGCCAUCAAUAACGAUAAACUGAUAACCUGAUAGCAUAGAGCACUGAUGAGAGUGAUGAAACGAUAGAAGAAGAAGAGAGAGAGAGAGAGAGAGAGAGAGAGAGAGAGAGAGAGAGAGAGAGAGAGAAUGGCACGACCUUGGCUACACUUGAACAACAGCAGGAGCAUGGCAAUGGCGUGUGCCAAAGAGAGUAACCAACACAGAGUUCUACUUCCAGAAAAGGUUCGAAAUUCUAGGGUUUUGAUACUCGGUGGAACUGGCAGGGUCGGAGGCUCCACCGCCAUUGCUCUCUCCAAGCUCUGUCCCGACCUCCGAAUCGUCGUUGGUGGCCGGAACAAGGAAAAAGGUGCUGCUAGGGUGGCUGAACUAGGGAAAAACUCAGAAUUUGCUGAAGUUGACAUUGAAGAGAGAGCAUCAUUGGAAGCAACCUUACGUGCACGGGGACUUAUUGGUGAAUACGGAGGGGGACGAAAAUGGAUCCUGAAUCACUAUAUGCAGUUGGAUUAACUGGAGUCAAUGAGGGUUCAGUGGAGAAUGCCCAUUUAGGAGAUACACACAGUAUACACUUAGGUAGAUUUGGGCAAAAUGUGGAUCUUGUAGUUCAUUCUGCGGGACCAUUCCAACAGGCGGAGAAGUGCACUGUGCUGGAAGUGGCCAUACAGACCAAGACAGCAUACAUGGAUGUUUGUGAUGAUACCAGUUAUGCAUUCCGUGCAAAAUCCUACAUGAGUAAAGCACUGGCUGCCAAUAUUCCAGCCAUAACAACAGGAGGAAUCUAUCCUGGAGUGAGCAACGUAAUGGCAGCUGAGUUAGUUCGUGCUGCACGGAGUGAAAGCAAGGGAGAGCCUGAGAGGCUAAGAUUCUCCUACUACACAGCAGGCACUGGUGGUGCUGGCCCAACAAUAUUAGCCACUAGUUUUUUACUCCUUGGAGAGGAGGUUGUUGCAUAUAGUAAAGGAGAAAAGAUAAAGGUCAAGCCCUAUAGUGGAAUGCGCAAUAUCGACUUUGGGAAGGGGAUUGGAAAAAAAGAUGUUUAUCUCUUGAAUUUACCAGAGGUGAGAAGUGCUCAUGAGAUCCUAGGAGUACCUACUGUUAGUGCUCGAUUUGGAACUGCACCAUUUUACUGGAAUUGGGGAAUGGUAGCGAUGACUAAUCUUCUACCAGUGGAAUUUCUUAGAGACAGGAGUAAAGUUCAGAAGUUGGUUGAACUAUUUGACCCUGUGGUCCGAGCAGUUGAUGAAAUUGCUGGAGAGCGUGUUUCAAUGAGGGUUGAUUUGGAGUGUUCUGAUGGGCGCCAGACAUUAGCUUUAUUUAGUCAUAGACGACUCUCUGUUUCAGUGGGAGCUGCUGCAGCUGCAUUUGCUAUUGCUAUUCUUGAAGGAAGCACGCAAGCAGGAGUUUGGUUUCCAGAAGAGCCUGAAGGAAUCGCGAUUGAGGCAAGGGAAGCUCUUCUAAAACGUGCUGCAGAAGGAACAAUCAGUUUCAUAAUGAACAAGCCUCCAUGGAUGGUGGAAACUGAUCCCAAAGAGCUUGGUUUAGGAAUAUAUCUAUAGAAAUUCUCGCAGAGGUAAAACUCAAUAUAGCUGUUGAUCUCAUUCUUGAGCAUUCUUCACAGUUAUUCUGACCUCAAAUAUGUUAGAAGAGAAAAAACAUUUUGAUUUGAACUAUUCAAGUUCAUAAUCAUCAACGGUAAUUACGUAGUUUAUUUUUAUUUUUAUUUAUACAGUAUAUGUUUUUGACAGAAAUAUGUUGUUGAAUAACCCUCAUUCAUUGGCCUGCCAACCAUUUAAAUAAUUUCAUGAGCAGUUUUGAUCA